AGAGAGGUAGACGGUAGAUACCGGACAGACACGGUACCAACAGCGGUGAAGUACAGCGGCAGCGACAACUAUGAGAGGAGAUAAGUUUACAGGGUGAGGUUGGCUGGUUGGCAGCCGUUGUCGCAUUCUCGGAGAAACACCGCAAACCGUCGGACGUCGAGAGGUCGCGGGACAGUCUGCGGUCCUGGAGAAAUAACUGGUGGACACAUACACACGCACACACGGUUUCUGGAGACAGCAGCAGCAGCAGCAGGAGCAGGGCGAGUGUUUUGGCGGCGGUCCCGCUGCUAGCGAAACAUGAACAAAAACCACCGAGUGCCGAGCAACCGAUCUCUUGGUGCCGUGGAGGUGAAGAGCAAGUUUGGUGCAGAGUUUCGUCGGUUCUCGCUGGAUCGGUCGAAGCCGGGCCGCUUUGAUGAGUUCUACGGCCUCCUGCAGCACGUUCAUCGUAUCCCCAAUGUGGAGUUGUUGGUGGGCUACGCCGACGUGCACGGCGACCUCCUACCAAUCAACAACGAUGACAACUACCAUAAAGCCAUCUCCACUGCCAGCCCUCUACUCAGGCUGUUCCUGCAGAGGAAAGAGGAAGCUGAUUACACAACUUUUUGUACGGACUCUCUGACCAGAAAGAAAAACACUGUGCUUUCUGCAGUUCUCCUGCGGCCUGACACCAACAAAAAAAAAUCGCCGGUGAUAAUCAGCCUCCCGAGGGACUUCCGCCCGGUCUCCUCCAUCAUCGAUGUGGACAUCCUCCCUGAGACGCACCGACGUGUUCGCCUUUACAAGCACGGCCAGGAAAAACCGCUGGGCUUCUACAUCCGCGAUGGCUCCAGCGUACGGGUCACUCCACAGGGCCUGGAGAAAGUCCCGGGAAUAUUCAUCUCUCGCAUGGUGCCCGGCGGGCUAGCUGAGAGCACCGGCCUGCUGGCAGUCAAUGAUGAGGUGCUGGAGGUGAAUGGUAUCGAGGUGGCUGGAAAGUCUCUAGACCAGGUGACAGACAUGAUGAUCGCCAACAGCCACAACCUCAUCAUCACUGUCAAGCCUGCCAACCAGCGGAACAAUGUUGUUCGCAGUGGAGGAGGAGGAGGAGGUGGCGGAGGCGCGGCGUCUGGUAGCUCAGGGCGCUCGUCGGACAGCGGUGCCAGCUACUACGGCUACUCAACACAGGGUGGGGUUGGUGCUGCGGCCUCCGUGCCAUCGCACAUCAUCCAGAACUUCCCUGUUGGGGAGCUGGAAAGCGACGAAGACGACGAGGAUCUGGUGAUCGAGGCUGGGGGCGAGGCUGAGCCAAUAAGACACGCCGCCUCCAACUAUAGCAUGCCCUCGCUGCUUCGCUACGAGCCACACCUUAACCUCCGCACUGCCUCCACCUCCGCCCUCUCCAUCAACGCCAAUGGGACCCUGCCAGCUAGCGGCAGCAGCGGAUCACUAAGCAACGCCAAUGCCACUUCGACAACGCCGUCGCCAGACCGAGCAAUGGAGAGGCGGAGUCUGGAGGAGGACGGCACUGUAAUAACUCUGUAGACUCGAUAUUCACACACUAAACACUGGAAACCAGAGACAAACACUGAGAAUACUUCUACACACACUUGUGGGAGUCAUGGAUCAGCUAAUUAAACACAGCAACAUCCUGUACCAUCAUACGGUGACUGUACCUGAGGAGAAGCACAAUGAAACGUGUACAUAUUAAAUCUCAUGACACUAACAUUUACACGUCAAACACUACAGCCCAUAUUUUCCUCCUCUACAUGCCAGUGACCGUGCAUGAAUGCCAUAGUGGUAACACCACCCCCUCCUCCGGUUCUGCAGGCAGAUAAAUGUCAGACAAAGAACAGCAGAAAAUAAUUUGGUUCCCACCAAACCACUAGUAGCACUUGUUUUUAAUCCAAAAAACUGUUGUUGCGCUGAGCUUCCACUAGAGGGCAGAGAAGAGACGCUUUUUUUUUUUGUUGUAUUUUUUUGUUUUUUUUCCCCUCAACAGUCCCAGGAAUAGAUGAAGGUAAAAGUCCUGUGAAUGAGUCACUUCCACCCCCAUAACAAACACACUGAAGCCGGACUGUAGCUCAAGCAUUUAUUGACAAUCUGUGGUUGUUUUUUGCCUUGUCACCCCACGCCCUUACCACUGUACCACACUAUGACCACUUCCCCCAGGUGACCACAUCAUGCGAUUGGUAAACGGUUGCGGUACUUUCCAUACAGUGCAAGUACCGCAACAAUCGACCAAGUGCUGAGAUCCGCAAUAAUACUGUAGUUUUUAUUCAAGGAGAAACAAGUCUGGGUUCUUCUUGUAGGCUCAGAUGCUUUUAGCCACUGUUAGCUGUUUCUUCCUCUUUACCUGCUGUGUUAAUGACUGACUGAUAAUGAAAGGCUGGUGAUUUUGAUGAGUCUUGGAGCAACUUGCCUUUUGAAAAUCCCUUUACUUUUAGGCCAGUGUUUUAUAUUAUUGAUGUUUUCACUUUGUUUCUUGUCUCUCUCUCCUAUUUUUUAAUUUUUUUAUUACAGUACUUAUUUCACAAGUGACUGUACGACCAGUUUCCAUCUGACCCAUUGCAAAGCGCAAGUCACUCCAGAAAAUUGCUCUUAGAAUUAAUUUCCCUCUCAUAUUUCCUUCAUAUUGCACUCCCUAUCCUCUCCACGACAAGGGCUAUUUCCCCUGCUGCAUGUGUACAAAUAACAAAAUGUGAAUGUGAUUGAGUUUUUGUUUUACCCUCCUUCUUUCUGGACCACAAGUCAAAGUAUCUAAUGUCAAUGCUGUACAGUAUAUCCAUCUCUAACGCUAACCCCAGGCCCUGAGUUCACUUGGAUGUGUCCUGAAACAUUCACAUAUGAAAAGUGUUCUCUCCAGUAUUUCUGCACCAUGUUAUCUUUUUGCAUCUUUAUUCUCAUUGCAUUCAAUUAAUGACACACUAUGUAACACGUCAACUAUGUAACAUUCAGAAUAUCAACUUAAUAUUGACUUUGGGCACAAAUGGCAGAUCAGUAGCUGACCUGUAACACCACAGAAGUGGGUUAAAUGAGCGGUACGUACAGUGACAACAGAGAAACUGCCUGUAUCUCAAAAGGGAGCCCUGGUCAGAUUGAGUCAUCUUUAAACACACACACAUGCAGGUACACUGGGCACAAACAGAUUCACUUUUGUAUUUGAUGAAGGUGAGUCAGGUCUGUCUUAUGUGUACAGUAUGUCUUGGCCCUGGUCUGUAUUUGGUAUUUCCACUGAAGCUGUUGCUUUCCUUGAGAAGUCCCUAAUGAGGUAAUGAACUGGCUCUCAGCAGAAAGUUGAUCGACAGUUUAGGCCUAAGUUUAAAGCUGCACUAAGGGAAGUGUGUGUGUGUGUGUGUGUGUGUGUGUGUGUGUGUUUUUUUUAAAUACUAAAAAUGAUUUUGGGCUGCAGAGAUACUUGACUUCACAUGCAGGAUUGUUCAGUAGUGGAGUCAAUCUGAAUCCGCCAAAACAGUUUUUGAGUUGAAUUUGUGGGAUUUUUGCACUUAACUCCAAAUCAUUUGCUGAUUAUUCCCCUCAGAAAUGUGGGCUCGUGAUCUCCUCACCAUGAAAAGUAAUUCUGGUACCGCCUGCUCUUGAAGUGGAUCCCUAACAUUUAUUGGAAGUAUAGAUCCAUUAAUCUCACAUGCUGUUGCUAACUGCCUUCCUGAAGAGUGAGGGCAGAUGGCCGAUUAUUUCUCUUAUUGAUUUUCAACAUUUGCUCUCCUGUUAAGUUAUAACAUUGAUUUUAGCAUGGAUUGUUAUCUCACUAGAACACACAGCAACUCUCAGUAUCAGCUUAACUUGAACCUAUGUGCACUCGUAAUGAAACACUGUACAUUCAUACAGAUCACCAUCACGCUAAUGUUUGAAUACCUGAUGAGCCUAUCAGACUGAAUAACUAUGACUGGAAACCAACACACAUCCGCUAUUGUAUUUCAAGCUAUAUGUAUACGGUACUGUGCUUUUGGCCUUCUAUGGUACACUGGAUGCUGGUGGGAUUCUGUCUUCUUUCAUUCCCGACAUUAAAACAGUAAUGAAUGAUACUCUGAAUGGAAACCUUUUAGAAAUCAAUGUUAAUUUAUUUCCUUUAAUCCUAACUUUACCACAGGACACUGGGAUUGUAACCACAGCGACACUGUUAUUUAUUCUCUAAUCAUGUGUCUGCAUAUUUUCUUUCUUUGUACACAUUUUAUGACUAUUUUUUUAUUACUGAUAUUUUUUUUUUUUUUGGUUCAUUCAUGAUUGUUAUUGUUUGGUCAUAAAUCUCCUGGUAGAUGUUAUUGUCAAACAGUAGAUGAUUUUAGUAGGUGAUUUUACUGUUCUGGCUAAAGCAAGACAUGACACUUUCUUUUUUCUUUUUUUGCAUACUGUGAAUUAUCAAUAUUAUGUUGUGAGAGAGAAAACAGUCAUGUUAGCACAACCUCAAAACAGGCUACAUGUUUUGCUUUGAGUCUGAUGUUUGUUUGUUUUUUUUAAAGUGAUCAAGCAAUGAUUUUUGCUUGCCAGAUAAAUCCUAUGGUAUAGAUUUGUUAUUAAAAUUGUCAGUAUUUUCAUAUCGAUGCUAUAUAUGAUGUGCAUUUUUAUCACAUUUAAUGAAAAUGUUUUAAGAUUCAACUGGAGAAUGAAUAUGAAUAAAUAGUCUUGCACCUGUACUUGCUGAUUGGAGGAGCUGGAUAAAAUAAACUAAUAUGUAGUAUGA